AUGAUCAGACAGUUAAUUCAUGAUCGUCCAACGAUGAAAUUCAGAAAACAGAUACCUACAAUAAGUGUUAAUCCGAAAAUCGGCAGAGCAGAUCAACCAGUAUGCAUCCAAGCUUCUAGACUUCCACCGUUGACACCAUUCACGGUAAGAUCUCGUGUCAUGGAUGAGAAAGGACGAACAUUUGAGGCUCAUGGACACUAUACAGCAUCGACCAAUGGUAAAAUUCAUUUAAAUAAACAUCCAUCCAUAGGAGGAACAUACACAGGUAUCGAACCAAUGGGGUUAUUUUGGAGUAUGGUACAAUCACCAGGACAGAAAAAAGGCAUUAGAUAUGUCAAGUUGGAUGUAACACAGCCCAGUAACGUAGAAUUGUCUCUAUACCCUGGAUAUCUUGGCAUUAAUGAAUUGCAAGACUCAAAACCAAUGACGACAACAAGAAUCCUACGUGUCUUCAUGGACGAACACAUGGAAAGAUUUGAAGUAAAAGUAGGCAGAGUUCGUGGAACGCUAAUUAAACCGAAAGGUAGUGGACCAUUUCCGGGUAUUAUUGAUAUGUAUGGUGCACUUGGGGGUCUUUUAGAAAUGCGUGCUUCCUUGCUGGCUAACUAUGGUUAUGCUGUAUUGGCACUUGGUUAUUGUCGUUACAAGGAUUUACCGGAAAACUUUUUGCGAAUUGACCUUGACUAUUUUGAGGAAUCCAUUAAUUGGUUCACUAGUCAGGAAUGCGUCAUGACUGGAGGCAUAGGAACAAUAGGUCUGUCAAAGGGAGCAGAGCUGGCAGUUACAAUGGCAGUGUAUUUUCCUGACAAGAAAGGUGGAGAAUUCCCCAAACUUGGUACCUCUGACCUGAAUAUCACUACGUUUAAUCUUUCAAACGUGGUGGAGAAUCCGGGCAGAUAUGACAACAGUAAACUCGUCAUCAUCGAUGGCAAUGCAUGUUCUUUGGAGCUCUUGGAUGAUCCUGUCGAUGAAGCUGUUUUUGAUUUCAGCAGAGUGAAAGCAGAGAUGUUGUAUAUAGCUGUUGGAGAUGACCUGCUUUGUAAAACUCCAUUUUAUGCAGAAGAAGCAAUCAAAAGAAUUAGAUCACUUAACAAGUCCAAUUAUCGCUACUUAUACUAUCCAGGAGCUGGCCAUCUUGUUCAACCACCGAAUACGCCAUUGAGUGAUUUGGCUCCCCAUUGGUUUGAAAGUGAGUAUCAUCUUAUUACCAUAUACGUCAUAUCAGAUUAG